AUGGUCCCCUUCUUCAACCCGGAUGCUGCAUCACUCCGGCCUGCGUAUGACCCACCAAAAUCGUGGCAGGACGCGGCGCAGCAGGUCAAGCAAGCGUUCCUGUACUCCUAUCAUGGGUACGAGAAAUACGCGAUACCGCACGACGAAGUUAUGCCGCUCUCAAGGGCAGGCGUCGAUAAUUUCAAUGGUUGGGGCAUUGAUUUCUACGAUGCGCUGGACACCAUGAUUCUCAUGAACACGACGGAAGAAUUCGAUCGUGCGAUGUUCAAUAUCCAACAAGCAGAUUUUUAUCUGCCUCCAGAACGCAAUGCACUGUUCUUCGAAACUGUCAUUCGCCAUCUCGGUGGUCUUCUCUCUGCGUAUGCUAUGACCGGCCACGAACUACUGCUAGAAAAAGCAGAUCUCCUCGGCCGUCUAUUAUCUCCCGUAUUCGAGACACGGAGCGGCCUUCCUUAUUACGAUGUCAACACUGUCACAGGCGAGACUAGGCGGAAUCCAGACGGAUAUCUAGCAGAAUUGGCCAGCUGCCAACCAGAAUACACCUAUCUUGCGAAGAUUACGGGCAAGCCAGAAUACUAUAAUCAUGUCAAGAAAAUCUGGCAGACUCUCGACCGAGCCGGCACAUCGCAAUUCGGUGGCAUGCUACCCACGCAUUGGAAUUUGACCACAGGCCAACCUCUUGAUUUCCGGUUAACGGUCGGUGGUCAAGCUGAUAGUGCACACGAGUACCUCUUGAAGCAGUAUCUACUCACGGGAAGAACUGACAAAACUGCACUCGAGAUGUACCUUCGCAUGACAACACACGUCAUCACCCGAAUGCUCUACCUCACUCCCAGCCGUCACAUCAUGUACCCCUCGUCCACCGUCGGCGAAAUGCCCCACGACAACCCCGCCCACGACUUCGAACACCUCGACUGUUUCCUCCCCGGCCUCUUCGCCCUCGGCGCCCAUCUCCUCCCCCUCGACAACCUCCACUCCCUUGGCAUCGACUUCAUGUCCCUCGCCUCUGACCUCCCAGCCGAGAACCGCAAAAACUACGAGCUGCUGUCAAAAUACAAGCUCAGCGACGUCCACAUGUGGGCCGCGAAGGGCAUGGCGGAGGCCUGCACCGUUAUGUAUUUCGAUCAGCCGACGGGGUUGAGUCCGGAUAUCGUGUUGAUGAAUCAGGUGCCGACGCCGGUGCUUUGGGUGAAGGAGCUGGAGAGGUGGAAGGAGGGGAGGUGGAAUGGGAAUCCGCCUGGGGUGGAUGCUAUUAAGCCGAGGCCGCAUUUGUCAGGGAGGAAGAGACCAAAUAAGGAUUAUGGGGUGAGGUCGACGGGGUAUGAGUUGAGGCCGGAGACGAUUGAGUCGUUGUGGUAUUUGUAUCGGAUAACGGGAGAGGAGAAGUGGAGGAAGUAUGGGUGGGAGAUCUUCCAAGCUAUUGAGGCGAACACGAAGACGCAAGUAGGGUACUGCUCGAUCGAGAACGUCGAGAUUUCACCACCACGGAAGAAGGACUCGAGCCCAAGUUAUUUCCUGGCUGAGACGCUGAAGUAUCUGUACCUGCUAUUCGACGACGAAGACCAUUACCCACUCGAUAAAUGGGUACUCAACACCGAAGCACAUCCGCUGCCUGUCUUCCAGUGGACACAAGAGGAAAAAGAGAAGUUCGGCAUUCCUUAA